AUGUCCUUUGAGGGCACCUCCCGAGAGCCCUUUCCAAAGGAGGACGCCCAUAAUGCGCUGCUGAUAGCCUUAGAGGCAGAAACCAAUCGCCUAGCGGCUGGCGGCCGGAUCGCGGUGUUUGAGAUGGACAAGGCCGAUGCAGAGAAGAAGUACGGCGAAGACAUCUACGAGCCGAAGUCCCAACGGCCGGACCGGCUGCGUGUGGCCGGCAUGCAGUUGCUGUUUGGCACUGAAACGGACUGCGGCAAGAUUGAGUUCUUAGCACGAGAGGUGGAAGCUGGAUCCAAGAAGAAGCCUGAUACAAUGAUCAUGGCCAAGAAAAAGCAGGUCUUUGUGAAAUUCAGUGUCGGGAAUCCUGACGCACCCGCUGCAGAUAUUGGUGGAGAGAUGCCUUCAGAGGAUCCUUGGCUGCCACAAGACGAGGCCAAAGCCUUGACCGACAAGAGCGUCCGUGUGGAAGUCCUGGGCGUGGAUGUGAAAGAUGAAGCUAAGGAGGAGUUGCAGACUGUCGAUAAACGAUUUCUGCGCCAACCUAGGCGCCGGAACAUUUUCUUCUCGCAUCGUGAGCUGGAUGCCAUUUGCGCGCUGCAGGAGAAAGGCAAACCCUUUUACCUCUACACUGGGCGAGGGCCAAGCUCUGCUGCCAUGCACUUGGGCCACUUGUUGCCUUUUAUGUUCACCCAGUGGCUCCAAAAAGCUUUUGAUGUUCCCUUGGUGAUCCAAAUGACCGACGACGAGAAAUUCCUUUGGAAGGGUGAGUAUGACCCAGAAAAAGGAGACAACUUGCAUGUCUACAAGCGCUUCACCAUUGAGAAUGCAAAGGACAUCAUUGCCUGUGGUUUCGACAAGAAAAAAACAUUCAUAUUUUCUGACCUGGAAUACGUUGGACAUAUGUACCCGAACAUCGUGAGGGUCUGGAAAGCCAUCACCUACAACACUGCCAGAGGUGCCUUUGGUUUUGUUGGUGAGUCCAACAUCGGGCAGUCUGCCUUUCCUGCGGUCCAGGCCGUGCCUUCUUUCCCAUCUUCCUUCAACGUACCCUUCAAGGGCGACCAGCAUUUGCCUUGCCUGAUCCCAUGUGCCAUCGAUCAAGAUCCAUACUUCAGGGUCACCCGAGAUAUUGCGCACAAGCUGGUCCCGAAGGAUCAUCCACUGAAAGGAAAGCCAUCCUUGAUCCACUGCAAAUUCUUCCCGCCCUUGACGGGUGCAGAAGGCAAGAUGGCCGCCUCCGACGAGAACUCGCUCUCGCCUUCCAUGGCCUACGCGGGGUCCACGGCGCCGGGUGCGCCCAUGGAGUUCGGCUACUGGCAGAUCCGAGGGUUGGGAGCAGUCUUCCGGAUGCUUUUGCAGUACAAGGAGGCCAAAUAUGUCGACAAGCAGUACACUAGAGGUGAAGAUUGGUUCAAAAGUCGCAAGCCAGACAUUUUGGCCAUGAACCCUCUGGCCAACCUGCCGUACCUCGUGGAUGGAGAGACCUGCAUUUGCCAGACGAAUGCAAUCCUCUCAUAUUUGGGCGACAAGUUUGGCCUCAACGGAACCACGGAGGCCCAAAAGAUCCGAACGCAGGAGUUGCUCGCCGAGAUCUACGAUGUCCGAAAUGGCAUGAUCGACAUGGUGUACCCCUUCAAGAAGAAUGUGUGCAGAAACAAAGAGGAGUUUGAUGCCAAAGCAGCACAAGUGGCUGGCAGCCCACCCUUUGCAAAGUUCGAGGCGAUCUUGAGCUUUAAGGGCAACGCCAGUGGCGGAAAGUGGUUUGUCCUAGCUGAUGGGCCUGGAGUGGCAGACUUCCAUAUUUGGGAGAUGUUGGACCAACACAAGAUGCUCGCGGAGCGCAUUGGCGCCCCUGACAUCUUCGAGAAGUUCCCCAAGUGCAAGGCCUUCUACGAGGCCUUCAAGGCCUUGCCCACGUUGCAGAAGUAUUUUGCCUCAGAUGAUUACAAGAUGGACGUGAUGCCAACACCCAAAGAGCAGCAAGGUGGUCGGCAGACUGCGAAAGAGCAGCGAGAGAAAGGUGCCGACUUGGAUGCUGAUGUGUCCUACCAGUGGCUAAGAUUCUUCUUGGACGAUGAUGCGGAGCUACAAAAGAUCGAGGAGCCUGCGGCCUGCAUUAUGUUUGCUACUGUGCCAAAGGUCCUGCAAGCAUGGACAAAUUUAGAUUUGUGUCCUACCUAG